CUGAGGUGAAAGAGCUGAUCAGAGAUCAGGAGAAGGCUGCAGUGAGUUGGGCUGAUGGACUCCUGGAGCGACUGGAGGAGGAGAUUGCUGAGCUGAGGAGGAGAAACGCUGAGCUGGAGCAGCUUUCACACACAGAGGAUCACAUCCAUUUCCUCCAGGUAACAUCACUGGCUCUCUGACAGUCUGCACAUGUACACUGUACAUACAUGGAGAGAUGUGUUCCUCAUUUAUAAAGAUCUGCUCCUGGCAUCUGCACAGGAAUCUGUACUGAGACUGUUCUCUGUCUGUCUGUCUGUCUGUGCCGCUCCUGGACCUGGAGACUUACCCAGCAUCACUGUCAGUCCACACAUCUCUUUUGAGGCUGUGAGGAAAUGUGUCUCUGAGCUGAAAGAGCAACUGGAGGACGUCUGCAAGGGGGAACUGCUCAAAAUUUCAGAAUCAGAUUCUGAAUGAAAACUAGUCAAUUUGAAUAGUAACAUGGCAGAGGCUGCAGGUCUUCUGGAUCAGGACCAGUUCAGCUGUUCGAUCUGUCUGGAUCUACUGAAGAAUCCGGUGACUAUUCCCUGUGGACACAGUUACUGUAUGGGCUGUAUUAAGGGCUACUGGGAUCAGGAUGAUCAUACUGGUGUCUACAGCUGUCCCCAGUGCAGAGAGACCUUCACCCCAAGGCCUGUUUUAAGAAAAAACACUAUGUUUUCUGAAAUGUUGGAGAAACUGAAGAAGACAGGCCUCCAAGCUGCUCCUCCUGCUCACUGUUACGCUGGACCUGGAGACGUGGCGUGUGAUGUCUGUACUGGGAGAAAGCACAAAGCCAUCAAGUCCUGUCUGGUGUGUCUGGCCUCUUACUGUGAAACUCAUCUCAAAAUUCAUAAUGAACUGAACCCAGGAAAGAGACACAAGAUGGUCAACGUCACUGGAAACCUGGAGGAGAUGAUCUGCUCUAAUCAUGACAAACUGCUGGAGGUUUACUGUUAUACCGAUCAGCAGUGUAUCUGUUAUCUGUGUACAAUGGAUAAACACAGUGGCCAUGAAACAGUAUCAGCUGCAGCAGCAAGGACUGAGAAACAGAAGCAGCUGGGUGAAUUCCAGAGUGAAUUCCAGCAGGGAAUCCAGGAGAGAGAGAAGGAGCUGCAGGAUCUGAGACAGGCUGUGCAGUCACUCAAGCGCUCUGCACAGGCAGCAGUGAAGGACAGUGAGAGGAUCUUUACUGAGAUGAUCCGCUCCAUUGAGAGAAGGUGCUCUGAGGUGAAAGAGCUGAUCAGAGAUCAGGAAAAGGCUGAAGUGAGUCGGGCUGAAGGACUCCUGGAGCGACUGGAGCAGGAGAUUGCUGAGCUGAGGAGGAGAGAUGCUGAGCUGGAGCAGCUUUCACACACAGAGGAUCACAUCCAUUUCCUCCAGAGCUGUCAGUCUGUCUGUGCCCCUCCUGGACCUGGAGACUUACCCAACAUCACUGUCAGUCCACACGUCUCUUUUGAGGCUGUGAGGAAAUAUGUCUCUGUACUGAAAGAGCGACUGGAGAAUGUCUUCAUGGUGGAACUGGUCACAAUUUCUGAAUCAGUGAAAGAAGUCCAUACUGUAGAGCCCAGGACCAGAGAGGAUUUCUUCCUAGGAAGGUCUGCAAUGAUUGAGCCUAUAAAUACGCAAACCGGUUUUUCGGGACAAUCACCUUUUCACAGAGGUAACAUGGUGAAAGCAUUCCUUACUGUAGAGCCCAGGAUCAAAGACAAUUCCUUCCGAGGAAGGUCUGCAAUGAUUGAGCCUAUAAAUACGCAAACCAGUUUUUUGGGACAAUCACCUUUUCACAGAGUGAAAGAAUUCCCUUCUGUAGAGCCCAGGACCAGAGAGGAUUUCUUCCAGUAUUUCUGUCAGCUCACACUGGACCCCAACACAGUGCAUAAGCAGCUCUGGCUGUCUGAGGGGAACAGGGUGGUGACCUCUAUGGGAGAGCUCCAGUUUUAUCCUCAUCAUCCAGAGAGAUUUGACUGCCAGGAUCAAGAUCCCAGACACCCCAGUCUGGCCCAGUACCACAGAGCAAACCGUUACCGCUCUGAUGAUCAUUACAUGUUUCAAAGUUUGAAGAAGAUUGUGGUACGUACUAUUGAUGCACAGAAAUUAUAUAUGUAUAACCAGGUGCUGUGCAGAGAGGGUCUGUCUGGACGCUGUUACUGGGAGGCUGAGUGGAGUGGGAAUGACUAUGUCUCUAUAGCAGUGACAUAUAAAGAGAUCAGCAGGAAAGGGCCGGAUGAUGCUUGUUUUCUGGGAGGUAAUAACAUGUCCUGGGCUUUGCGCUGCUCUCCCUCCAGGGACUCUUUCAGUCACAAUAAUAUGAGCACUGAAAUCCCUGGUCCCUCCUCCUCCAGAAUAGGAGUGUACCUGGAUCACAGGGCAGGAACUCUGUCCUUCUACAGCGUCUCUGACACAAUGACCCUCCUGUACAGAGUCCAGACCACAUUCACUCAGCCCCUCUAUCCUGGGUUUGGUUUGGGUCUUCAAUCCUCUAUAAGACUGUGUGAUCUGUGAUGAGUCAGAAAUUCACUCAGCCCCUCUACCCUGGGUUUGGGGUUGGUGUUGGAUGUUCUGUAAAACUGGAAAACAGGCGCGGGAGGUGAAAAGGGAGGUUUUUUCAGUUGAUUAUUCCUUGUACAUUGGUUUUCCAUGGUCCGCCUGGUCGCUUGCUAUUGCUGAGCUCACCAUUUUGCCUCUGAUGGUUUUCACGUAAUGCUUUACAUUACAUUACAGUUGAUUAGACUAAGCAGGAGACGAUCCUUUUGGAGCGAUGCAGGGUUAAGGGCCUUGCUCAAGGGCCCAACGGCUGUGCGGAUCUUAUUGUGGCUACACUGGGAUUAGAACCACCAACCUUGCGUGUCCCAGUCGUUUACCUUAACCACUACGCUACAGGCCACCCCAGCUUUACUGGCACCGAUACGUCUCUGGCGGCUCCUGCUGAAAAUUUCACACCAUAACUCUCGACCUAGUUAUUUUAUGUUUCUUGUGUACGAGCUAAUGAUACCAAGACACACUUGAUCUGCCAAUUGUCCAAUUACUUUUGGUCACCAAAAAUGGGGAAGCUAUGUAU